AUGAUUUUUGAAUUAGUUUAUGAUCCUAGCAUGCCGGAGUCUAUUCCUAUUGUUCUGUUUCUUCGUCGUGGAAUACGACGUUUUUGUGGGCUAAUUCAGAUAUGGCUUCGAGCAAUGCUUGUAGGAGCUGUAUGGUUGAUAACGUUACCUUAUAUGACUGUUUGGGUAUGGAGAUUUUAUUUUUGGAGCGGAGAGAGUGUAGCUUUUAGUCUGAAUGGUCAGAGUCCACCUUCUAGAUUGAUAGACAAUAAAAAUAGCACUAUGCCUGGUGAAAAGAGUGCGUUGGCCAUCUUUUAUGUUGCGCUACUCAAAGGAACAUUAUGGUAUAUACCCCCUGAGGCUGUUGAAUUUGUUGAGGCUUAUGGCGACUUUGCCAGUAAGUUUUUGGCUGACACAUUUGAAGGACAGAUCAUUACAUGUGUUGUAGUAAUAGUGUUCGUGGCUGUGUUUAUGUUGAGAGAAUGGAUAGUACAGAAUACACCAGCUGAAGAUGGCCUAGAGAACGAUGAAUUGGACAUUUUAGAAAAUGAUGCAAUCCAAAAUGAAGGAAUGGAAAAUAAUGGAAUAGGCUUACCAAAUAUCGCGCCAAUACCUGAACAAAAUGCUAACCGUCCCGAACAACUGGGAAAUAAUAAUGAUGGGGAAUUCGUUUUUCAGAAUGGCAUGCGCUUACCAUUAUUUCAGCCACAAUUACAAUUUGAGAAUUUAGAGCCAAUGCAACAACCUGAAAUUGAACCUAUACAGAAUCAAAUGCAAGAUACUGGCGAGUUACGUGUGGAAAACCUUGCACCACAAACUGAAAUGCCAGGAUUAAAUCAGAAUGAUAUUGAAUCUGAUUGGAUGGAAGAUGAAUACCAUCAGAUAAAUAAUGGCGACACACAAAUUGAAUCAAAUGUUGAAGCAAUUGAUAAAAGUCCAGGUCUUUUAUAUCAGGAUGAUUUCGAAGGUGAUAAGAAUUCAGGCAGUACCCAGUCUAUUUCAACAUCAUCAGUACCUCAUCCAACAUGGGAUAAUGAACAAUCAAAUGAUAGUGGUGGUAAAUCUAUUGUGGCAGAUGUGCAACAACCUCCUUUUUAUGUUCCGUACGCAGCAGCAGGUACAAGACUCUCUAUAUCUGAUUACAUGGAUGAAAUAAAUCAAAAGGAUGAAGAUGAAUCUUUGGCUCAAUCUGAUUUUUUGACCGGAUAUUCUAAAAGUGAUGAAUUGCCCUCAUCAUCGCAAAAGUUACCAUCGCUUGCUUCAAACAAUUCCAAUUUGGGACAAUUUGAGUCAAAAUGUGUCGAUCCUGAACGAGAUGAUGAGUCAAAAAGUAAAUCCACACAAAAUUUUUCAUCGACUUCAAAGACAUCUUCUGGGCAAUAUAAUAUUGGUAAUCUCGGAGGAACUCGAAGAAUACGACCAAUUAGUAAAGUGAGAAGGGUGGGUGCCCCAACUUCGGGGUUAUUAAAUACUCAAAAACUCGGUGCCACAUCAACAAACCCCUCAUCUUACGACAAUGAAGAAACUGUUAAUGGUACUUCUUCAAUGGAUUUAAACUACCAUAAAGUUUCUUCAACUAAAGAAUCGCCUUCUGAUAACAACGGUGAUUACGAAGAAGCAUCAGAAACAUCAGAUAGUGACGAAGAUAAUGAAGAUAUAAAUCUUCAAGAAAAGUAUCCGAGAGAAGUUGGCACAGCCUACAGCCCUUCAAGAGAUAUAACAAAUGGAAAUGUUUAUUAUGCUGAUGAUUCAGCAUUCCCCCUGCAUCGUAUUCCUAAGAAUGGCCAGAAUUCAUCGGUUACUAACCUUUUUGGAAACAAAAAUCAUAACUCUGAAGAUAAUCCAAUCGAAAGGGAAAAUGCUGAACAAGGAGGAGGACCUGUGGAUGUAAUAGACGGUGGCGACAACGGUCAACCUGAUCCUGGCUUGGAUGUUAUUAAUGUUCAGCAACAAGAAAGACAAGAACAGCAAGCUGAUACAAUUUGGACUCAAAUUUGGAAUUGGGUCACCAACGUUUUGAAUGAUAUACCUGAUCUCAAUAACGAAGCACAAGAUAACGAUCCACAAGCUGUCAAUGGUAAUCAAGUUGCUAUGAACCCACCCAUUGGCCCAGUAAGAAGAGAGCCUAAUGCGGAAGCACCUGUUUUUCCGGUUCCUGUAUUUAAUGAAGCUAUCGAUGUUCCGGUUGCUGGUCCUGCUUUAGAUCUUGAAGGAGUUUUAGAAGCCAUUGGCAUGAGAGGCUCUUUGUGGAUGCUUGCUCAAAACUCUGCAUUGAUGGCAGUACUAAUUGCUUUAUGCCUAUUUGGUUCAGUUUGGUUGCCUUACUUCGUUGGCAAAGCAUUUUUACUGGUCAAACCUUUGAACUUGAUACAACUUCCAUUGACUUUAUUGCGGAAAGUGACUGAUCCUUUCGUCGAUCUAAUCAUUGAUACCACAUUACCUUGGUUAUGGGGGUUCAUUUUACCAAUAUUAAAGUCAUUAUGGAACUUAAUUUAUCCUACUUUAUCGCCAUUGGUUAAAGACACGUCCUUAAUGAUUUAUAUACAAGACAUUACAAACCAAUCUCGAUACAUUAUCACUCAUUCUGCAUCUCUUUUGACACAAAUUACCUCCACUUCUGGAAAAAUAACAAACGGUACCGUUAUAGAUAGUAAUGUAAAUCAUGUUUCUGAGUUUCUCGAAGGCCAAAAUUUAACAGUACUUGUGAAAAUAAUUGAUCGGUGGAAUGGAUUUGCUUACGGUAAUACACCAACGGACAAGAUUGUCUGCAUUUUCUGUGGAUAUACAAUCAUUAUCCUUUUGUGCGUGUGGUAUUUAUCACGAACAAGAAAUCCGUAUGGUCGUACUGUUGGACGUGCUGCUCAAAAAGUGCUGCGACAACAGGGAAUUGUCUUAAAGGUUGCAUUUUUUGUCGCUAUUGAGUUGUUAAUUUUCCCCAUUAUAUGUGGUAUCUUGUUGGAUUUAUCUACUUUACCACUUUUCCCUGACGCCACCCCAACAUCUCGCUUGGAGUUCUACCUCGAAUCACCUGUCACUUCAACAUUUCUUCAUUGGUUUACUGGCACUGCAUUUAUGUUUCAUUUUGCGGUGUUUGUUUCUCUCUGUCGUGAAAUUGUUCGUACUGGCGUAAUGUGGUUCAUUCGUGAUCCAAAUGAUCCGCAAUUCCAUCCCAUCAAAGAAAUUUUAGAAAGACCUGUCUGGACACAAUUGAAAAAAAUUGGUGCAAGCGGUAUUAUGUACAGUGCUAUGAUUGUAUGUGGAUUAGGAAGUGUUAUAUAUUUCAUUAGAUAUGCCUUUAAUGGUAUAUUACCUUUGCAAUGGUCGUUCACCGAACCUAUAUCGGAUUUUCCUGCUGAUCUUUUGGUGUUCCAUAUAAUUAUUCCCGUCACUGUCACAUUGGCGAAACCUAAACGCUUGUUCCGUACAUUAUUUGAAAAUUGGUGGCAUAUUACCUCACAUCACCUUCGAUUGACAUCCUUCAUGUUUGGAGGACGUCAUUAUGAUGAAGAAGGUACGCAUGUUCGAAAGACAUGGCGUGCCUUCUUUCUCUUUCUUAAGGCACCAAUCGUUGAUAAUAAUGCUAUUGAAAAUGAUGAUGUUGCUUUCGUGAAAGAUGGCGGGUUUGUUCGAGCACCAAGUUAUGAUGCCGUACCCGUAGAACCAGGAAAACGGAUGCUGAUACCUGUUACCGAAGACGGUACUUUGAUCGAUCCUAAUGAUGCAUCUGCUAUAGAUGAUGAUCAGCCUGGAUAUACAAUUGUUUAUAUUCCUCCUAAUUUCAGAGCAAGAAUUAUAUUGUUUUUAUUUCUUAUGUGGUUUUGUGGUUCUUUGUUUUGUUGUUCAGUGACUGUUUUACCUCUUUUGACUGGUCGAUUUAUUUUUCAAACCAUUCUUUGUUAUGAACGCCCUGUCCACGACUUAUACACAUUUACAGUUGGUUUAUAUGUCAUGUGGUCAUUGGGCGUCACUCUUGAAUGGUUAAUACGGAAAUGUCAAGCUUUCGCUGAAAAACGAGACCGUUAUGCUGAUUGGGCUGAUAUAAAGCGUAAAAUAGGGCAAGGAAUUAUUAUAAUCGCAAAAAUAGCAUAUCUCUUUAUAUCUUUCGGUAUUGUUAUUCCAUUCCUUCUUUCUUAA